AUGGCUACGCCCAAGACCAAGCACGACUGGGCCGACGACGAAGACGUCGAGGAGACGUCGACCGAGCUCCCCGCGCCCCAGACCAUCAGCAACAAGGACGGCACCAAGACCAUCAUCACCUUCCGCUACAAUGACCAGGGCAAAAAGGUCAAGAUGACCCGCCGCAUCCGCUACACGACGCACACCGAAAAGGUGAACCCGCGCGUCGCCGACCGCAAGACGUGGUCCAAGUUCGGCCUCAGUGCCAAGGACCCAGCAGGCCCAGCCCCGGAUACCACCUCUGUCGGCGAGAACAUCAUCUUCCGCCCCAGCACGAACUGGCGGAAGGACGAGAAGGAGGCGGGCGAGGACCCCGGCGCCCAGGCCCUCAAGGACAAGCUCAAGGACAAGCAGGUCAAGUGCCGUAUCUGCAACGGCGAGCAUUUCACCGCCCGCUGUCCCUACAAGGACACCAUGGCGCCUGUCGGUGCCGACGGCGCCGACGUCGCUGCCGGUCUGCCGGACGAUCCUGCCCCUGCGGCGGCGGCCGGUGGUGCUGGCGCCAAGAAGGGCAGCUACGUCCCGCCGGCGCUCAGAGCGGGUGCGGCUGGCGGCUCGGCUGCAGGCGACAGGAUGGGAGGAGGCAGCAAGUUUGGCGAGCGGGACGACCUCGCCACGCUGCGUGUCACCAACGUUUCGGAGAUGGCAGAGGAGCAGGAGCUGCGCGACAUGUUUGAGCGCUUCGGACGCGUCACGCGUGUCUUCCUCGCCAAGGACAGGGAGACGGGACUGGCCAAGGGCUUCGCCUUUAUCAGCUUCGCGGACCGGGGCGACGCCGUCAAGGCCGCGGCCAAGAUGGACGGUUUCGGUUUCAAGCACUUGAUUCUGAGAGUCGAGUUCGCCAAGAAGGCAGCCUAA